CCAAAGCCAAAGCGCCAAAGCCAAAGCCAAAGCCAAUGUCAAAGCCAAAGCGCCAAAACCAAUGCCAAAGUCAAAGCCAAAGCCAAAGCCAAAGCGCCAAAGCCAAAGCCAAAGCGCCAAAGCAAAUCCCAAGCGCCAAAGCCAAAGCCAAAGCGCCAAAGCCAAAGCGCCAAAGCCAAAGCGCCACGGCCAAAGCGCCAAAGCCACAGCCAAUGCCAAAGCCAAAGCCAAAGCCAAAGCGCCAAAGCCCAAGCCAAAGCGCCAAGCCAAAGCGCCAAAGCCAAAGCCAAAGUGCCCAAGCCAAAGCGCCAAAGCCAAAGUGCCCAAGCCAAAGCGCCAAAGCCAAAGCGCCAAAGCCAAAGCCAAAGCCAAACUGCCACAGCCAAACCGCCAAAGCCAAAGCCAAAGCGCCAAAGCCAAAGCCAAAUCCAAAGCGCCAAAGCCAAAGCGCCAAAGCCAAAGCGCCAAAGCCAAAGCGCCAAAGCCAAACUGCCAAAGCCAAAGCGCCAAAGCCAAAGCCAAAGCCAAAGCCAGAGCCAAAGCCAAAGCCAAAGCCAAAGCCGCCAAAGCCAAAGCGCCAAAGCCAAAGCGCCAAAGCCAAAGCGCCAAAGCCAAAGCCAAAGCGCCAAAGCCAAACGCCAAAGCCAAAGCGCCAAGCAAACCGCCAAAGUCAAACCACCAAAGCCAAAGCGCCAAAGCCAAUCGCCAAAGCCAAAGACAAAGUGCCCAGCCAAAGCGCCAAAGCGCCAAGCAAAAGCACCAAAGCCAAAGCCAAAGUGCCAAAGCCAAACCGCCAAGCCAAAGCGCCAAAGCCAAAUCGCCAACGCCAAAGCCAAAGCCAAAGCCAAGCGCAAAGCAAACCGCCAAACGCCAAAGCCAAA